AGUGCCCGUAGCGAAUGGCACGUGACUUGUCCAAGAUGGCUGCGCCCAUGUUGUUCCGGCACAGCAGAGGCUUCGUCUCAUUGUGUUACACCAGCCUCCGGUAUAGGAGCAAAUCAACUUUCCCGACUCCAGGUCCCGUGAAAAGCAAGUUUCUCCAAUACCUGUGCGACCGCUUCUAUGACGUCGAAACCAUUGUAGACUUUAGCAAGAGGCUAAGUUUAUGGAACGCACAAAGGAAAAACAGAUACAACAUCCAGGCGAAGAACCAUUUCGGGGAAAAUAUCGCAGCUUGCCUCUUUGUCCUGGCUUUGAAGGGAAGAAUUAGGCUCCAGGGGAAAACGGAAUGGGAGGACAAUAAGGGCGGCUUGGUUUUCCUACACGAUAAAGAGGCAUGCUUGGAAGGAGCCGACCUCAGCGGCACCAUCAUCAACUACGACGGCCUGGAUAACCUGGUCAACCAAAGAAACCUGAAGCAGCUGGACCUCAGCAGGUGCCCCUACAUCGACGACUGGAGUCUGAGCCGCCUUCACAACUUUUCAGACACCCUGCAGGAGCUUUCGCUGGCUGGAUGCCCGCAGGUCACUGAGAGGGGGCUGGCCUGCCUCCACCAGCUCGAGAAUCUCAGGUUCCUGGACGUCUCCGACCUGCCCUCCGUCCGCCACAAAGUGCUGGUUCGGAUCCGGCUGGAGGAGAUGCUGCCUCGGUGUCACAUUGUGGGGAUGAACUACCCCGAGGGGGUGGACCUGCCCUUGGACUCUGACGGACAUGGAGGCGAAAUAGAGGAGCAGCAGCAGGGAAGUGCUGGAAGCCAGAAAAAGAGAGGAGUCUCCAUUUGAAUGGGGAGGGCCGCGUCUCAGAGACUCUUCCCCCCCCCCCACCAUCACCACCCAAAGAAAUCUGAGCGUUCCCACAAUGGCGACACAAAGACAACAAAAGACGUGGUUGCUCUAAAGCAGGGAUGGGGAAUCUGUAGCCCUCCAGGUGUUGCUGGACUCCAGCUCCCAUCAGCCCCGGCCAGCUUGGUUGGUGUUGAGGCAUGAUGGGACUUUGAGUCCAACAACACCGUUUCCCAACCCCUGUUCUAAAGAAUAUACGGUGAUUUCACCUUCCUUAUGUUCCUCCACAUAAUAAACAGACCCUCCAUAUUCUGGCAGUGUGUACCUCUGAGCUUUUAUCGUUCCCUUUUUUAAAAAGUUUGGUGAGCACACCAGAAUCAGAGUUGUUGUUGUGGGCACCUGUCUGUCUCGAAAGGCAAUGGAGUGCGCCUCCGGGGGUGUAGUCGAACGGCUGUGUUAGCAGCACCGAAGUGACCUCCCUGGGGCGCAAGCCUGGGCAGUGUGGAUGGGGGUCCUGGCUGCUCAGUUGACCAGACCCCCCCCUCUCUGAUACGGUCCAAUGGAAAGAGGAGCAAGAUGUUUGGCACCAGCCAAGGAGUUGAUGGAAAGAGGCGUACAAGGCACCAUCCAGCUGCCUUAGGGACAACUUCAGAUUUGUGUAGGGUUUACUCCAGAGCCUUUUCUUCUCCCAAAGAUACCCUGCAAGGCAGCAGAGGGUUAGGAUCAGAGUUCCCCUUCUCUUAGAUGGGCCACCGUCCCACGUUGACGAGCCCCAUCUGAAGUUUUUGGUAUAAAAUAGCCUGGGUGUCCUGAACUUUCAGCCCCCUAGCAACAAAUAGUUCAGUUAAUUGAUGAUAAUAAUAAUAAUAAUAAUAAUAAUAAUAAUAAUAAUAAUAAUAAUAUAUUAUUUAUACCCCGCCCAUCUGGCUGGGUUU